AUGGAUGCUGACGUGUACUUGUCACAUGCCGCCCAGAUGGAGGCUCAGGUGUUGAGGAGCUGCACAUCGACUGUCAAGUCGCUGGGCAGGGCUGUGCAGUGGCAGAGAGCCCUGGCCCAGCUGGCAGAUCUGAAGCGGCAGGAAGUUCUUCCUGAUCAGGUCCUUUGUAGCUCAGUGAUUACGGCUUGUGGCAAUGCAGGUGAGUGGUCGUGGGCCUUGAGCCUCUUCGACACGCUCCUUCAAGGGUUGAAGGGGCAGGUGGAUGUGGUCACCUGCACCUCUGUCAUCCGUGCCUUUGGCCAAAGGCAGCGCUGGCAGGAGGCGGUGCUUCUCCUUCACGAGUGUCAAGGUCGGCGAGUAGAAGUGAACUGCAUCUCUUACAACGCAGUCAUCAGUUCCCUGAAAGACCGAAGACACUGGCGAAGAGCGGCGCAGCUCUUGCUGGAACUCCCAGAGCAGAGUUUGAAAGCAGAUCUAGUCAGUUACAACGCGGCUCUCAGCACCUUCGAAGCAGUCGAAGCAUGGUCACAGGCACAGAGGCUCCUUCACUUCAUUCAGCAAAAGAUGCAAGUGGACCUGAUCUCAUAUAGCACGACACUAAGCAUGUUGGCGACAGCAGAAGAGUGGCGACCCGCAUUGCUGCUGUUCUAUGUUUCAAUGCAGGACGUUAAGCCGGAUGUUAUUGCACUGAACUCAAUGAUCAGUGCAUGUGGGGGAGGUGGAGAGUGGCAGAAGGCUAUCAUGUUACUGGCAGAACCCGGUCUCCCAACGAACCUCGUCACUUACAACACUGUGACUUCUGCGAGUAGUAGGGGGUUUGCCUGGAAGAACACGGAGCACUUGCUAUGCAAGCUUUCGCAGAAGGCUUUGAAGGCUGACCUGCUAACUUACAAUCCUGUAUUGGAUGCGCAAGUAACGGGCAACUGGCGGCGUGUAUCGAUGUUGCUGAAUUUCCUUAAAGACAACACCUUGGAGGUUGAUGCGGUUACCCACACUGCUGCAAUCCGUGCCGGUGAGAUGGGGCGGUGGACCCAUGCGCUUCAAACAUGGCAGAAUCUAGUGGCAUGCGGUCUGGAGGUAGACCUGGUCAGCUGCAGCGCCACAAUCAGUGCCUGCGAGAAGCAUGCACAGUGGCACCGGGCGCAACACGUGUUGCAGAAGCUGGGUGGCGUGCAGGCAGAUGUGAUCGUCUUCAACGGAGCCAUCGGCGCCUGUGCCAAGCGAGGAGCCUGGCAACGUGCCCACCUGGUGCUGGGUCACCUGAAGACCGAGGACAUCCAGGCCACCGUUGCAUCUUACAGCUCCACCAUCACCGCCUGCGAGAAGAGUCGCAUGUGGCAAACUGGUUGCUGCUUGCUGGAGCAGUUGAUCGUCGAACAUAUCCCAAAUGAGAUAGCCUUCAAUGCUACGAUCAGUGCUUGCGAGAAAGCCGGCAAGUGGCAGCUGGCCCUGUUGCUGCUACGUGACUUGAAGCAGGGGUCGCACGCUGCAAUCAUCGGCUACAAUGCUGCCCUCAGUGCCUGUGCCCAGCGCGGUGCGUGGGCACCUGCACUGGAGUUGCUGCUGGAGGUGGCAACGCAACGGCUGGAGAGCAGUAUCACCACCUACAAUGCGGGGAUCGGUGCCUGCCAGAGAGCUGCAUGCUGGCGCAUUGGACAUGAGCUGCUUCAGAACUUGCCGGGUCUUCAAGCUGACCUCAUUACGAUGGCACUGGCCGACCAGGUUUUCAACCAUGCGGGAGCUUGCGACAGGGUUAUAGAGCUCCUGGCGUCUAUGGGUUUCGACUGCCAGGACUGCUUCUGCUUUUGCAGUUCGAACAGCCGUGCAUCCUCCCACACACAAUAG